AUGAGCCAGUUUCAGGUGCCCCUGGCAGUCCAGCCGGACCUGCCAGGCCUUUAUGACUUUCCUCAGGGCCAAGUGAUGGUUGGGGGUUUCCAGGGACCUGGACUCCCGAUGACCGGGAGUGAACCCCAACUCCGAGGGGGUGGAGAUGGGCGAAAGAAACGGAAACGGUGUGGUACUUGUGAACCCUGUCGGCGGCUGGAAAACUGCGGGGCCUGCACUAGCUGCACCAACCGCCGCACGCACCAGAUCUGCAAGCUGCGCAAGUGUGAGGUGCUGAAGAAAAAAGCCGGGCUUCUCAAGGAGGUGGAAAUAAAGGCUGGUGAAGGAGCCGGGCCGUGGGGACAAGGGGCGGCUGUCAAGACAGGCUCAGAACUCAGUCCUGUUGAUGGACCCAUUCCAGGUCAGAUGGACUCAGGAACAGUGUACCAUGGGGACUCACGGCAGCUAAGCGCCUCAGGGGCGCCCGUCAAUGGUGCUAGAGAACCUGCUGGGCCCAGUCUGCUGGGGACUGGGGGUCCCUGGAGGGUAGACCAGAAGUCUGACUGGGACGCUGCCCCAGGUCCAACUCAUACUGCUCGUCUGGAAGAUGCUCACGAUCUGGUGGCCUUUUCGGCUGUGGCCGAAGCUGUGUCCUCUUAUGGGGCCCUUAGCACCCGGCUCUAUGAAACCUUCAACCGUGAGAUGAGUCGGGAGGCUGGCAACAACAGCAGGGGACCCCUUCCGGGGCCCGAGGGCUGCUCAGCUGGCAGCGAAGACCUGGACACGCUGCAGGCAGCCCUGGCCCUUGCGCGGCAUGGCAUGAAACCACCCAACUGCAACUGCGAUGGCCCAGAGUGUCCUGACUACCUCGAGUGGCUGGAGGGGAAGAUCAAGUCUGUGGUCGUGGAGGGUGGGGAGGAGCGGCCCAGGCUCCCAGGGACUCUGCCUCCCAGUGAGGCCGGCCUCCCAGCACCAAGCACCCGGCCACUCCUAAGUGCUGAGGUUCCUCAGAUACCUCCCCCGGAGGGCCUGCCCUUGUCCCAGAGUGCCCUGAGCAUUGCCAAGGAGAAGAACAUCAGCCUGCAGACAGCCAUUGCUAUUGAGGCCCUCACACAGCUUUCCUCUGCCCUCCCCCAGCCUUCUCACUCCACCUCCCAGGCUUCAUGCCCCCUGCCUGAGGCCUUGUCCCCUCCUGCUCCUUUCAGAUCCCCCCAGUCCUACCUCCGGGCCCCCUCCUGGCCUGUGGUCCCCUCUGAAGAGCACCCACCCUUUGCUCCUGAUGGUCCUCCCUUCCCGCCAGCAACUCCUAGAACUGAGUUUCCUGAAGCCUGGGGCACUGACACCCCACCAGCAACACCCCGGAACUCCUGGCCCAUGCCGCGCCCAAACCCUGACCCCAUGGCUGAACUGGAGCAGUUGUUGGGCAGCGCCAGUGAUUAUAUCCAAUCAGUAUUCAAGCGGCCCGAAGCGCUCCCCACCAAGCCCAAGAUCAAGAUUGAGGCUCCUGCUUCCUCUUCAGCCCCAUCCCCCCUGCUCCAGAGGGAGGCUGCCCCCCCACGCUCUGAGGCUGACAGCCACCAGAAGGCUCAGGCUGCUCUCCAGCAGCACCUUCACCACAAACGCAGCCUCUUUCUGGAACAGGCCCACGACAACGCCUUCCCUGCACCCACUGAGCCUCCUGCUUCAGGCUGGUGGGCCCCACCAAGCUCACCAGCCCCUCGUCCUCCAGACAAAGCACCCAAAGAGAAGAAGAAGAAGCCCCUGGCACCCUCUGGAGGUCCCAUGGGAACGGAGAAAGCUGCCCCUGGGAUCAAGCCCACUGUCCGAAAGCCCAUUCAGAUCAAAAAGUCCAAGCUUCGGGACACGCAGCCCCUCUUCCUACCCCUCCGGCAGAUCAUCCUGGAAGGACUGAGGUCCCCGGCCCCUGAGGAAGUGCAGGCACAGCCACCUGCUCCUCUCCCCACCUCACAGGGCUCUGCUGUCCCUCUGCCCCCAGAACCUUCUCUUGCGCUAUUUGCACCAAGUCCCUCUGGGGACAGCCUGCUGCCCCCUACUCAGGAAACGAGGUCCCCCAGCCCCAUGGCCACCCUGCAGGCGGGCUCCACUGGCCCUCUUCCCCCUGCUGAUGAUAAGCUAGAAGAGCUCUUCCGGCAGUUUGAGGCUGAAUUUGUGGAUAGCUUUGGGCUUCCCGGCCCCCCGUCUGUGCCCAUUCAGGACCCCGAGAGUCAACCAACGUGUCUCCUGGCUCCUGAGAGCCCUUUUGCUACCCGUUCCCCUAAGCAAAUCAAGAUUGAGUCUUCAGGUGCUGUGACUGUGCUCUCAACCACCUGCUUCCAUUCAGAGGAUGGGGCCCAGGAGGCCACACCCACCAAGGCCGAGAACCCUCUCACACCCACUCUCAGUGGCUUUUUGGAGUCGCCUCUAAAGUACCUGGACACACCCACGAAGAGUCUACUUGACACGCCAGCCAAGAGAGCACAGGCCGAGUUCCCCACCUGUGACUGCGUAGAACAAAUAGUGGAGAAAGAUGAAGGUCCAUAUUACACUCACCUGGGAUCUGGCCCCACUGUAGCCUCUAUUCGGGAACUCAUGGAGGAGCGGUAUGGAGAGAAGGGAAAAGCCAUCCGGAUUGAAAAGGUCAUCUACACCGGGAAGGAGGGGAAGAGCUCACGUGGCUGCCCCAUUGCAAAGUGGGUGAUCCGCAGGCACACGCUGGAGGAGAAGCUGCUCUGCCUGGUGCGGCACCGGGCAGGCCACCACUGCCAGAAUGCUGUCAUCGUUAUCCUCAUCCUGGCCUGGGAGGGCAUCCCCCGAAGCCUUGGAGACACCCUCUACCAAGAACUCACCGACACCCUCCGGAAGUACGGGAACCCCACCAGCAGGAGAUGUGGCCUCAACGAUGACCGGACCUGUGCUUGCCAAGGCAAAGACCCCAACACCUGCGGUGCCUCCUUCUCCUUUGGCUGCUCCUGGAGCAUGUACUUCAACGGCUGCAAAUACGCUCGGAGUAAGACGCCUCGAAAGUUCCGCCUCGCAGGGGACAAUCCCAAAGAGGAAGAAGUGCUCCGGAAGAGUUUCCAGGACCUAGCCACCGAAGUCGCUCCCCUGUACAAGCGGCUGGCUCCCCAGGCCUAUCAGAACCAGGUGACCAAUGAGGAAGUAGCAAUCGACUGCCGCCUCGGGCUGAAGGAAGGGCGGCCCUUCGCAGGGGUCACAGCCUGCAUGGACUUCUGUGCCCACGCCCACAAGGACCAGCACAACCUCUACAAUGGGUGCACUGUGGUCUGCACUCUGACCAAGGAAGACAAUCGCUGCGUGGGCAAGAUCCCUGAGGACGAGCAGCUGCAUGUGCUCCCCCUGUAUAAGAUGGCCAGCACAGAUGAGUUUGGCAGUGAGGAGAACCAGAACGCCAAGGUGGGCAGCGGGGCCAUCCAGGUGCUCACCGCCUUCCCCCGCGAGGUCCGGCGCCUGCCUGAGCCUGCCAAGUCCUGUCGACAGCGGCAGCUAGAAGCCAGGAAAGCGGCGGCCGAGAAGAAGAAGGUCCAGAAGGAGAAGUUAAGCACUCCCGAGAAGAUCAAGCAAGAGGUCCUGGAGCUGGCUGGCGUCCCUACUGAUCCAGGCUUGUCUCUGAAGAGUGGCUUGUCCCAGCAGGGCCUAAAGUCCUCCCUCAAGGUGGAGCCACAGAACCACUUCAGCUCCUUCAAGUACAGCGGCAACGCAGUGGUGGAGAGCUACUCGGUGCUGGGCAAUUGCCGGCCCUCUGACCCCUACAGCAUGAAUAGCGUGUACUCCUACCACUCCUACUAUGCACAGCCCAGCCUGCCCUCUGUCAAUGGGUUCCACUCCAAGUAUGCUCUUCCAUCAUUUAGCUACUAUGGCUUUCCAUCCAGCAACCCCGUCUUCCCCUCUCAGUUCCUGGGCUCCGGCGCCUGGGGCAAUAGUGGCAGCAGCGGCAGUUUUGAGAAGAAGCCAGACCUACAUGCACUGCACAACAGCCUGAGCCCGGCCUACGGUGGUGCUGAGUUUGCCGAGCUGCCUGGCCAGGCUGUUCCCACGGACACCCACCACCCCACUCCUCACCACCAGCAGCCUGCCUACCCAGGCCCCAAGGAGUAUCUGCUUCCCAAGGUCCCCCAGAUCCACCCAGCAUCCAGGGACCCCUCACCCUUUGCCCAGAGCUCCAACUGCUACACCAGAUCCAUCAAGCAAGAGCCUGUAGACCCACUGGUCCCGGCUGAAUCUGUACCCAGAGACACUGGCAAGAUGAGCAAAACACCUUUGCCUGAGGCAUCUCAGAAUGGGGGAACCAACCACCUAUGGGGACAGUAUACAGGAGGUCCAAGCAUGUCCCCCAAGAGGACUAACAGUGUAGGUGGCAGCUGGGGUGUGUUCCCUCCUGGAGAGAGCCCCACCAUAGUCCCUGACAAGCUUGGUUCUUUUGGGGCUGGUUGCCUGACCCCAUCCCACUUCCCAGAUGGCCAGUGGGGGCUGUUUCCAAGUGACGGGCAGCAGCCAGCUCCCCAGACGGGAGGACGACUGCGAGGCAAAUCAUGGAGCCCUUGCAAGUUUGGGAACAGUACCUCGGCUCUGUCUGGGCCUGGACUGACUGAGAAGCCAUGGGGGGUCGGGAUGGGGGAUUUCAACUCUGCUCUGAAAGGUGGCCCUGGGUUCCAAGAGAAGCUGUGGAGCCCCAUGAAAGGGGAGGAGGGACGGAUCCCAACCCCGGGGGCCAGCCAACUGGACAAAGCUUGGCAGUCCUUCAGCAUGCCACUGGGGCCCAGCGAGAAGCUAUUUGGGUCCCUGAAGUCUGAGGAGAAGCUGUGGGACCCCUUUAGCCUGGAGGAGGGGACAGCGGAGGAGCACCCCGGGAAGGGGGCUGUGAAGGAGGAGAAGGGCUGUGCUGAGGAGGAAGAGGAGCUAUGGUCGGACAGUGAACACAACUUCCUGGAUGAGAACAUCGGUGGUGUGGCCGUGGCCCCUGCACACGGCUCCAUCCUCAUCGAGUGUGCCCGCCGGGAGCUGCAUGCUACCACCCCUCUCAAGAAGCCCAACCGCUGCCACCCUACCCGCAUCUCGCUGGUCUUCUACCAGCACAAGAACCUCAACCAGCCCAACCAUGGGCUGGCCCUCUGGGAGGCCAAGAUGAAGCAGCUGGCUGAGCGGGCAAGGGCUCGGCAGGAAGAGGCAGAGAGGCUGGGCCUGGGCCAGCAAGAGGCCAAGCUCUAUGGGAAGAAGCGCAAGUGGGGGGGCGCCUUGGUCGCUGAGCCCCAGCAUAAGGAGAAGAAAGGGGCUAUCCCCACACGGCAGGCCCUGGCUGUGCCCACAGACUCAGCAGUCACCGUGUCAUCCUACGCCUACACGAAGGUCACUGGGCCCUACAGCCGCUGGAUCUAGGUGCCGGGAGCCAGAGUCCCUCAGCCCGGGCCCAGCCCGAGCUGCCUCAGUGGUGCUUUCGCCCUCACACCUGGGGGCGGGUUGGGGUGCAGAAGUCUUUUUAUCUAUAUAUACAUAUAUAGAUAUACAUAUAUAUGUAUUUAUGGUCCAAACCUCAGAACUGACCCGCCUCCCCCCACCUCCCCAGCACUUUGAAGAAGAAACUACGGCUGUCGGGUGAUUUUCUGUGACCUUAGUAUUUAUAUCUCCACAUUGGGGGUUUUUCCCCUUGUUUGGGGGGGGGCGGGGUGGGCUUUUAUUUUCUCUUUGUUUUUAAAAUUCUAUCCUUGUAUAUCACUAUAAUGGAAAGAAAGUUUAUAGUGUCCUUUCACAAAGGAGUAGUUUUAAA